GAAAAUAGAUCUUAUUCCAUAUAUACUGCUUGUUUAGUUUGUAGAAAGGAAAACUAGGGUUAAGAAAUAAGAUAACAGGGAAGGUAUGGAUGAGAGAAUUAUUGAUGGUGAUAAACUAGAUGAAGUGAUGCUACCAGGGUUUCGAUUUCAUCCAACUGAUGAGGAGCUUGUAGGGUUUUAUCUGAAGAGAAAAAUUCAGCAGCGGCCUCUCUCUAUCGAGCUCAUCAAGCAGCUUGAUAUCUAUAAAUAUGAUCCAUGGGAUCUUCCAAAGUUUGCCACAACUGGAGAAAAAGAGUGGUAUUUCUACUGCCCUAGGGAUAGGAAAUACAGAAACAGUGCAAGGCCUAAUCGGGUAACUGGAGCUGGGUUUUGGAAAGCCACAGGAACUGACAGGCCUAUUUACUCCUCUGAAGGUUCCAAGUGCAUUGGCUUGAAGAAAUCCCUUGUUUUCUACAAAGGUAGAGCUGCCAAAGGUGUCAAAACUGACUGGAUGAUGCAUGAGUUUAGGUUACCUUCACUUACUGACCCAACAGCACCACCAAAGAGAUUUGUGGACAAAAGCAUUCCUGCCAAUGACUCAUGGGCAAUAUGCAGGAUAUUCAAGAAAACUAAUUCCACAACCCAAAGAGCUCUCUCUCACUCUUGGGUUUCUCCAUCACCAACUGAAACUAACACACUUGAUAUGCUAGUCAAAGGUCAGCACUGCACUCAGUUUUCUCAGGAGAACAUGUCAUUGACAUCAAAAACCAACUGUUCAGCAGCCACUCAUUUCUCUAUUAACAAUGACAUACAACAAUUAUCUUCCACUACGUUUUCUCCCUUAGAUUUUGUGUGCUACAAAUCCUUAAAUCAAUUAGCAGAUAAACCUUCUCAAAUCACUGGAGACCUUCCCUCUAGCUUCUUGUUUUCACCUCUAGAAACUUCAACACCAACAAAAUGCACAGUUGAUAUUUCUUCCAUGCUGUUAAACAUGCCCUCUUCAAUGCUUGGAGAUUUUGGUACUAAGGUCAGUGAGAGUAUAGACUAUAGUGGGCCACAAGAACAUUGCAAUGGCUUCUCAUUCAGUUUACUUCAAGACAUGCAAGGGAACAUUGGUAGUGGAGGUGAGCAAGCCAAUGCCUUGAUGAAGAAUCCUAAUAUGACACAUGCUGAUGAUCAUUGGGAGACCGUCCGAUCCAUUGGAUUUCCAUUCAGUUUGCCUUCGAAUAAUGAUGCUUGGAAGACAAACUUAGCGUGGGAUUCUUCACCAUGUCCAAGUGAAAUGUCCACAAGUUUUUCUACAACCAAGAGCUAUACUUAAUCAAAAAGUAGAGAUUAAUAGUCAAAGGCAUUGUUUUCUAGCUUUUAGACUAAUUCAGCUAGUUGAAGUUCAUUUUGU